CAGGACGAACAGGCAUAAAUCAGCUGUUAAAUAAACAAAAGUCAUCAGACCACUUGGACAAGUUUCAGAGGCAGGGUGACAGAGAGCGAGACAGAUUAUGAAAGUCCAAAGAUUAAAAGAGCAGAAGAUAGCUUCAGUAUUUCGAAGCAGAGUCUGAGAGAAUUCUUAAAUUGCAAUAAAUAAGAAGAAGCACGGUGGAACCUGAAGACACAUUUGAGCAAGAGCAGAAAUCAAUCUCAUGGUUCAUUUGAUUUAGGAGGAGGGAGAAAAGAAGAAAGGAGAGGGAGGAGCCAGGGGAAGAAAGGAAUUACAAAAGAGUUUGGCACGUAACGGGAACUGUGUUGUCAAGGUGUUUGAAGUGUGUGUUCAGGAUGGAGAAAACGCAGUUGAGUUAUGAGGAGACCAUAAGGAGGGCGCAGGGUUCCAUGGAACGUUUUCCACUAAAAAAUGUGAAUGGUGUACCGCUCAUGUGCUACAUCGCUGACAACUGGGAUUCCAUCAGUGCAUUUUGUCCUGACCCUUCUGACUUGCUCAUUGCUACUUACCCCAAAGCAGGGACUACCUGGACCCAGGAGAUAGUAGAUCUGCUGCUGAAUAACGGAGAUGCUGAGGCAUGUAAGAGAGCUCCCAUCGUCGAGCGGAUCCCCUUCCUCGAGAUCUGCUCUCCUCCCCCUAUCCCAUCAGGACUAGAUCUUCUAAAGAAGAUGAGCCCUCCAAGAGUCAUCAAGACACACCUUCCAUUUCAAUUGGUACCUGAGGGAUUCUGGAAAAAUAAAUGCAAGGUGAUCUAUGUUGCCCGGAACGCGAAGGAUAAUCUAGUUAGUUACUACCACUUUGACCGUAUGAACUUCACCCAACCAGAGCCUGGGCCAUGGGAGGAAUACCUGAACAAGUUCAUGAAGGGAGAAGUGGGUUGGGGCUCCUGGUAUGAUCAUGUGAAAGGUUACUGGAGGGAACGAGAAAAGAGGAAUAUCCUCUACCUUUUUUAUGAGGAUAUGAAAGAGAAUCCUCGUCGGGAGGUGGAGCGGAUUAUGCGCUAUUUGGGCUUGUCGCUUUCUGAUGAUGUCAUUGAGCGUAUUGUACAGCUGACCUCAUUCAAGAUCAUGAAGGACAAUCCCAUGGUGAACUACACCUUCAUCCCUGACUUUGUUUUUGAUCAGUCCAUCUCUCCAUUCAUGAGAAAAGGUGAAGUGGGAGACUGGACCAAUCAUUUCACUCCAGCUCAGUCACAGCUCUUUGAUGAAGACUAUGCCAGGCAGAUGAAAGGAGAGGAUAUACCCUUUCGUACAAACAUAUGAAGCACAAAAGUAUUGAUGACUGAGCAUUGGAAAAUCGGUUGCCAAUACAUCAUUAAUCCAACCUUUAAGUCUCAAGUUUAUGCAGUAUGUAAGACAAUGUCUAAAACAACCUUCAGAUUUACUUGAAAAUGCUAAGUAAACAGUGAAUUGCUAAUAAAAUGCCAAGACCUAAGAUGAUGGAUCAUGAGUGGAUCUUAGAAACACUGCAUUACUAAUUAAUUCAGUCAGAAUUACUCUCAAGACCAAACAAAAAUGUGUAUGUUGUAGGCAAAGCUAAAACCAAAGGCAGAAUAAAUGUCCCCAAAUACCAAAGAGAAAUACAUGAUAUCGGAGGAAUGAGACAUCUCCAGUCACGUUACCUGUUCUCGAAUGUUGUGCUUUUGUAAUGAUGUAUUUUUCAAUCAGUUUUUUUUCAUGUGCGUGAGAAAUACAAUUAAAUCAUGGUAAAGGGCAAA